AUGGAAGUUGUCCAGGAACUUCAUGCCGCAGUGGCAAAUGCCUGUGAAGCUUCUUUUGACAAGGCGUACAAACGCUUGAAAUCCCAGCUCGAUACUUACACCAAAGGGGCAGAAAUAAAAGAAUUACGGGCCAGUCAAGCCCAGCGACAAGCAGAGGCCAAAAUCCAAGAGCUUCGACAGAAUAUUGAUGCUCUCCAAAUUGAGCUGCGGCAGUACGAAGUUGAUCCGCACGAUCUGGAGCUUCCCGGAGAAUACGCAAAUCUAGAAGCCGAAUUCAACCCCAAGAACCUCUGGGGGAAUAGCAUGGAAGAUGAUCCUUCCGAUGUUCUGACUUCACCAAGAAUGGUCGAGGCCAAAUACACGGCACUUUACACCAAUUUACAGACAUUCAUUCGGACUUGGAGCCGCCUCAAAUCCAGAGUUUUGCAGCAUAAGAAGAAACUACGGCGGUGGGAUGAACAAUUAAAACAUGAAGAAUUCACGAUUGUUCUCAAUGGCGAACCAGUCACGUUUCGCAGAGUGAAAAGUACCACCAUGGAUAUAGUUGACAAGGAACACUCUCCAGCGACUCAAAGCCUUGCAAAAAAACGUCCAAGAGAAGAGAGCUCAGAUUCUCCAGCCAAAGCUCUCAAGUCGUCGUCGAUCCGCAAACAUGCAAACGGCCCUGAGGAAGCAGCUAAACUGGAUCAUAACAAAACGGCAACCUUCAACCAUCCAUCAGAACCAGCUUCCACUCAAUCAAGCUCUCCUCCACUAGAUGUGGAUCGCGCAGAACAAUCUUCUGAUGGAGCAUGUACUUUACUCGGUGUGCACAGCCAGCCAAAAGGGCAGAGACUUCCGCCAGCGUCUCCCAGCGAGCAUCCAUUGCCCAAUAACCAGUGGGAGGAGGCGAGCUCAGCGCACCCUGUACUUGUUAAAAACGAGAUUAUGUCUUCCAGUCCAAUCCGACCCUCCACAUAUAACCACGAACUACCAUCCGCAGGCACACAAGAUCUUGACGAAAUAGGUGACACAAUUCGAACACCUAUGAAGCGAAAAGCCUACAAGGAUGCCAAUUCUGGGAACAAUUGGGACUCAAACAACAGCAUAAAGCGUGUACCUCAUUCGAAGCACAUUCCACCAGACCGGCAGACAUCGCAACACUCAGUGCUUCGGCCUGUCGAUGGAAACGCACGUACUGCGAUAGACCCCGAUGAAACGCACUAUGCGAAACACGAAAAAGACCUGGAGAGACGUGCAAUACCAUCAUUGGCAGAAGACGGGGAAGAUGUUGCCUCUCACGCAACCCUAAGGCCAUCGAAGAAGGGUGCCAGUAACAGACCUGCCCACAGACGCCUGGAAAAUCUGUUGGAUCGAUCGGCACCCUCCAGGUCGCCACUCAGCGCUUCGAAAAAAGCUGCGGGCUCGAUUACAAUAACGGAAGAUACCGCACCACAAGGUGAUUUGAUGCCAAUAAUUCCAAGUCAAACUGCGCCCGACGUAGAUCCAGACGAUGAGCCUUACAGGGCCAGGCCUCUUCGAUGUCUAAGGCUGGAGCAUUUCAAAAUCAACCCCGCGAGAAAUCAAGGACUUGACUUUGCCUACGAUACGGUGGUUCGCAAGAAAGAUGACCGUAAAUGUAUAUCAGGCUGCACUCGCCCAGGUUGCUGUGGGGAUCGGUUCCGGGCCAUGGCUCGCCUUGGGGGUCUUCCUGGCAGAUCUGGAGCAGCAAAAGAAGAAGAAGAUCAGAGAAUACUACAGGAAUAUCUGGGAGACGAUACGCAAUUACUUCAAACUCUGAAGGGUCAAGACCGUGAGAAUCUACUGGUGGAAGCGCGAGCCAGGGCCUUGGCCAACCAGUAUGGGCGACAUCGACAUACUCACCAGCGAGCCCAAUCCCCUCCUGGAUUCUGGCGAACAGGCAUGCCAGAUACACAAGACGAGGAAUCUGAUCGUGAAGCUGCUGAAAGACUGGAGCGAGAAAAAGUGGAGGAGCGAUACCGAGAGGCCAUGCGCCCUGGAGGGUUAUGGACAUGGGCAGACGAAUAA